CACGUUUAACAUAAAAUUAAAUCGAAUAAAACGUCUUUUUAUAAUGAAUUACAGUAAUUCGGUUCUCAUUGGAAAUUGGAGCGAGGAAAGACUGAAGAAUGAGGUCGCCUGCACCCGCCUCCUCGUGCUCCGACUCUGACUCGGACAUGGAGGUCGACCUCGCCCCCGCCUCAUCGACGGAUGGAUUCACCCUGGUACAGAAGGGUAAGAAGCGUGCCGCGGAGUCUCGAGCUCCCGCGGCCGCUAAAAUUAGCAAAGCCGUGAACGCGUCGCGCCCCCGCCCUCAGACUCCCGUUGCGCCCCCAGCCCGUGCCACUCCGUCGCCGCGUCCGGUGGCACAAAAUAAAACCCAGACCCCUCCCCCGGUUAUCCUUCAGGAGAAGGCAGCUUGGGAUCGAGUUUGCCUGGCCCUUAAGGCCAAAAAUAUAAAUUUCACGAAUGCCCGUAACCUCGCGAACGGCAUUCAAAUUAAGGUUCAAACACCCGACGACCAUAGGGCCCUCUCUUCUUACCUCCGUAAGGAGCGUAUAAGUUUCCAUACGUAUACGCUCCAGGAGGAGCGCGAACUCCGCGUUGUAAUACGCGGAAUCCCUAAAGAGUUAGAUGUAGAGCUCGUAAAAGCCGACCUGUUAGAACAAGGCCUACCAGUGAAUUCUGUGCACCGUAUGCACACCGGUCGCGGUAGGGAGCCAUAUAAUAUGGUUCUAGUCGCUCUCCAGCCUACCCCCGAGGGUAAGAAAAUCUUUAACACACAGACCGUCUGUAGGCUCUCUGGUAUCGCUGUCGAAGCCCCCCAUAAAAAAGGCACUCCUAGCCAGUGCCAUAACUGUCAAUUGUACGGACACUCUUCCCGUAACUGUCACGCGCGCCCCCGAUGUGUUAAGUGUUUGGGCGAUCACGCCACGGCCCUCUGCGCUCGCGACCAAAAAACCGCGACGGAACCGCCUAGCUGCGUCCUGUGUCGAACACAGGGUCACCCCGCGAAUUACCGUGGUUGCCCCCGAGCCCCUAAAAUAAAUCGCCGCGUCGCCCGCCAAAACCGCCUCCGAGCUUCCGGCCCAGACAUCAAAGCCUCGGCACCCUCUGCGUCGCAGGCUAAGCCAGCGUUCGUUCCGGCGGCGGUGCCCAGUGUCUCGGCCUGGGCAAAACCGCUGCCGUACACGAACACGGCUACAACUCCCUCCUCCGCGAUUCGUCCCGCCCCCGCGACUCGUCCCUCUCCCGCGACUUGCCCUCCGACCGCGUCCGACAAUCUCGCUUUAGCGAUCGACUUCUUUCAGUCGAUCAACUUUGAGCGCGUUAACGCUUUGGGCGACGCCAUUCGCGCUGCCUCCACUGCACAACACUUUAUCGCCGUUGUGCAGGAAUACGCCGACGUAUACGCGUCAUUAAAUACGUACGUCCUCCCCUCACUCCGCCGGUAAUCAAUGGCGUAUAUAAGUAGAAUAAAGCCCCUAUCCGUAACGAUAGGAUUUUUUAACGCUUACGGUCUCGCAAAUCAACGUGAUCAGGUUUCUGACUUUUUGCGUGACCACCAAAUUGAUAUCUUUUUAGUGCAGGAGACCCUACUUAAGCCCGCGCGCCGUGACCCUAAAAUCGCGAACUAUAACAUGGUCAGGAACGACAGGCUCUCUGCCCGUGGUGGUGGUACCGUCAUUUACUAUAGAAGAGCCCUGCAUUGCGUCCCGCUCGAUCCUCCCGCGCUCGCUAAUAUCGAAGCAUCAGUGUGUCGAAUCUCACUGACGGGACACGCGCCGAUCGUUAUCGCGUCCGUUUAUCUUCCACCGGAUAAGAUCGUUCUAAGCAGUGAUAUCGAGGCGCUGCUCGGUAUGGGGAGCUCUGUCAUUCUGGCGGGCGACCUAAAUUGUAAACACAUCAGGUGGAACUCACACACCACAACCCCGAAUGGCAGGCGGCUUGACGCGUUAGUCGAUGAUCUCGCCUUCGAUAUCGUCGCUCCGCUAACCCCGACUCACUACCCGCUAAAUAUCGCGCAUCGCCCGGAUAUACUCGACAUAGCGUUAUUAAAAAACGUAACUCUGCGCUUACACUCGAUCGAAGUAGUUUCAGAGUUAGAUUCAGACCACCGUCCCGUCGUUAUGAAGCUCGGUCGCGCUCCCGAUUCCGUUCCCGUCACGAGGACUGUGGUGGAUUGGCACACGCUGGGCAUCAGCCUGGCUGAAUCUGAUCCACCAUCGCUCCCGUUUAACCCGGACUCUAUCCCGUCUCCUCAGGAUACCGCUGAAGCCAUAGACAUCUUAACGUCACACAUCACCUCGACAUUAGAUAGGUCAUCGAAACAAGUUGUAGCGGAGGACUUCCUUCACCGCUUCAAAUUGUCCGACGAUAUUAGGGAACUCCUUAGAGCUAAGAACGCCUCGAUACGCGCCUACGACAGGUAUCCUACCGCGGAAAAUCGUAUUCGAAUGCCGUGCCCUACAACGCGACGUAAAGUCUCGCAUCGCCGAAGUCCGAGAUGCCAGAUGGUCUGAUUUCUUAGAAGGACUCGCGCCCUCCCAAAGGUCUUACUACCGCUUAGCUCGUACUCUCAAAUCGGAUACGGUAGUAACUAUGCCCCCCCUCGUAGGCCCCUCAGGCCGACUCGCGGCGUUCGAUGAUGACGAAAAAGCAGAGCUGCUGGCCGAUACAUUGCAAACCCAGUGCACGCCCAGCACUCAAUCCGUGGACCCUGUUCAUGUAGAAUUAGUAGACAGUGAGGUAGAACGCAGAGCCUCCUUGCCACCCUCUGAUGCGUUACCACCCGUCACCCCGAUGGAAGUUAAAGACUUGAUCAAAGACCUACGUCCUCGCAAGGCUCCCGGUUCCGACGGUAUAUCCAACCGCGUUAUUAAACUUCUACCCGUCCAACUCAUCGUGAUGUUGGCAUCUAUUUUCAAUGCCGCUAUGGCGAACUGUAUCUUUCCCGCGGUGUGGAAAGAAGCGGACGUUAUCGGCAUACAUAAACCCGGUAAACCAAAAAAUCAUCCGACGAGCUACCGCCCGAUUAGCCUCCUCAUGUCUCUAGGCAAACUGUAUGAGCGUCUGCUCUACAAACGCCUCAGAGACUUCGUCUCAUCCAAGGGCAUUCUUAUCGAUGAACAAUUCGGAUUCCGUACAAAUCACUCAUGCGUUCAACAGGUGCACCGCCUCACGGAGCACAUUCUUGUGGGGCUUAAUCGACCAAAACCGUUAUACACGGGAGCUCUCUUCUUCGACGUCGCAAAAGCGUUCGACAAAGUCUGGCACAAUGGUUUGAUUUUCAAACUAUUCAACAUGGGCGUGCCGGAUAGUCUCGUGCUCAUCAUACGGGACUUCUUGUCGAACCGCUCUUUUCGAUAUCGAGUCGAGGGAACCCGCUCCUCCCCACGACCUCUCACAGCUGGAGUCCCGCAAGGCUCUGUCCUCUCACCCCUCCUAUUUAGCUUAUUCGUCAACGAUAUUCCCCGGUCGCCGCCGACCCAUUUAGCUUUAUUCGCCGACGACACGACUGUUUACUAUUCUAGUAGAAAUAAGUCCCUAAUCGCGAAGAAGCUUCAGAGCGCAGCCCUAGCCCUAGGACAGUGGUUCCGAAAAUGGCGCAUAGACAUCAACCCAGCGAAAAGUACUGCGGUGCUAUUUCAGAGGGGAAGCUCCACACGGAUUUCCUCCCGGAUUAGGAGGAGGAAUCUCACACCCCCGAUUACUCUCUUUAGACAACCCAUACCCUGGGCCAGGAAGGUCAAGUACCUGGGCGUUACCCUGGAUGCAUCGAUGACAUUCCGCCCGCAUAUAAAAUCAGUCCGUGACCGUGCCGCGUUUAUUCUCGGUAGACUCUACCCCAUGAUCUGUAAGCGGAGUAAAAUGUCCCUUCGGAACAAGGUGACACUUUACAAAACUUGCAUAAGGCCCGUCAUGACUUACGCGAGUGUGGUGUUCGCUCACGCGGCCCGCACACACAUAGACACCCUCCAAUCCCUGCAAUCCCGCUUUUGCAGGUUAGCUGUCGGGGCUCCGUGGUUCGUGAGGAACGUUGACCUACACGACGACCUGGGCCUCGAAUCAAUUCGGAAAUACAUGAAGUCAGCGUCGGAACGAUACUUCGAUAAGGCUAUGCGUCAUGAUAAUCGCCUUAUCGUUGCCGCCGCUGACUACUCCCCGAAUCCUGAUCAUGCAGGAGCCAGUCACCGUCGACGCCCUAGACACGUCCUUACGGAUCCAUCAGAUCCAAUAACCUUUGCAUUAGAUGCCUUCAGCUCUAAUACUAGGGGCAGGCUUAGGGACCCCGGUAACCGUACUCGUCGAACUCGACAAAGAGGUCGACGUGCAACCUAACCCAUGCAUCAGCCCGCUGAGUUUCUCGCCGGAUCUUCUCAGCGGGUCGCGAUUCCGAUCCGGUAGUAGAUUCAUUCGCGAAACAAUUGCUCUUGAGUUGUUAGGUCUCCUUCGGAGGCGCUCGGGCAGUUGUUAGCAAAUCCCACCCCUCUUGGCUGAGCCUUUGCUCGCCCACCUGUCCUGGUGAAACUGGAAAGGCCUUCGGGCCACCAGUAAACUUUCAAUCAGAAAAAAAAAAAAAAAAAAAAAAAAGUACACCUUUACUUAUCCACUUUGUACCAUUAUCAUUAUCCUGCCUAAGUAUGGUUGUGCGUUAAUGCAAUUAAGACUUCGAUACUGUCUUGAGGUGUGCAGUAGUAUUCACGUUUUGGUAAUUAGGUACUUAUACUUUAAGUAAAAUAAGAUGACUACUUUAGUAUUUCAUCUAGGUCGUUAUCAAAUUGUAACAAAUUAAAUAAUUGCUAGUUACGAACAGAUUAUAUACUUGUGAAAAUCUAUCGCUCUGUUGUUUGUGUUGAUGAAAAAAGAUAAUAGGCAACUCCUGAAGUAUCUUGAAGAUCGCUGAUCAGUGACCAACAGUACAGUUUCCAUCACGGUUGCUCAGCUGGCGAUCCUCUUGUAUACCUUACUCACAGGUGGGCUGAAGCCUUGGAGAGCAUGGGCGACGCUCUCGCUGUAAGUUUUCAUAUCGCGAAAGUCUAUACAGGGUUUGGCAUAGGCCACCCCUAUCGAAGUUACCAUCUUACCGAAUCCCCGAGGGACUGCAAGUGGAUCUCUAGGUUUUUGGAUGGGGGGAGCAUCACAGUCGCCUUAGAAAAAACUUUUUUUUAUUUUUUUUAUUGCCCUUGUAGGCAGACGAGCGCACGGCCCACCUGAUGGUGAGUGGUUACCGUCGCCCAUGGACUUCAGCAAUGCCAGGGGUAGAGCCAAGCCGCUGCCUACCGCUGCCUAUGCAAUAAGAUCUUAUGAUUAUUGUUCGCAAAGGGCGAUUUCUGCUUUGCUCUUUCUUAGUUGAAGACUAAGCUUCGUUGGGAAGGCAAUGAAAGAGUUGCGAGUAUUGCUUAAAGGCAUAAGGUUAAGCGAGAGAUAGAUAAAAUCAAAGUGCGAUAAAAAAGUAUAAGAACUUAUUUUUACUCUAGUUUUGUAACAUU